AUUUUUCAACUUGUCAAAGCCCUGUCUCUUUCAAGCAGUGCACCACUUCAAUUUCCCACCUUUGUACGAUCCAUAUGAUGUUGUUGAGUUGCAAGUUCAUUGCUGUUCACCACGACGGGAAAAGUGACUGGUAUGUCGUAGCUUUCUCAUCAGCUCCUUCGCUGGCAUUCCUUCUACUCAGGUAAUAUGCGUCCUCCCAAACAUCUUAUACUCCAGACGCAAACACCGAACUUGUGCCGAUGCUCUGUGGAAACAUAAAACGGAUGAGUUUUCCUUUACUAUCAAAGACACAGUAGCUACGGACGGUGUUACUGAACGGCUUGGCAGGACAGGGCAGGGCAGGACAGAAUGAACAAGCUGCAAGAAACACAAAAGUCUAAGCACAACCCUAAUGAGGGUGCAGACAUAUGGAAGACACAUUGAGUGUUUACCCUCUCAGUUUGAAGGUAUUAGACUAGACAGUCCCGUACCUUCUGGUUCGCCGUCGGGCAAGACGUGGCUAGAGCAAUUCCUCACAGAUCGUGAUGGCUAUAUUGUAGAUUCCAUACUACUACAUUGGUACCACAUCAACAACGCCCAGUUCAUCUUCCUAUCUACAUCAACCCGGGUUACGGAACGGCAUGCCAGAAUUUCAACGAUGCGGAUAAACAAGAUAUGCCUGGUUUGGGCUGAUGGCAGAUUUGCAGGGCGUCAAUGCGGUGGGGCCUAACUGUCACCGUCCACCUGCGACCGAGAUGCCGACUGGCUAGAUAUCUGACGGAAAUAUUAAGUUCAUCGGUAUACAGUAUACAGGCGAAGAGGAUAAUGUAAACCUCUGAACGUCUGUCUGGUGUUCCUCGACCGGACACUUCAGUACGAUGGCUGCUGUGGACGUCGUUCUUCCUACGAUUUUCCUCGAUAUUGGUGAUAUGAGCCCUAUAUUGUACGUCUCAGAUGAAUAUACAUUCCUGA